GCCGCUUGCUCCUUGUCAACCCAGGAAACUUUUCCGUUGCCCAAACACCACGCUUCCUUCUACAGCAUCAGCGCGUUAUAGAGAACCUCUCACACCAUAAACAACGGAAUUUCACUCACCAUCAGCCUGCUAGCUACGCCCAUUUUGCUCUUGGCUCGCUUGAAUCAAAGUGACAUGCCCGUGAGCUGAAAAAGCCACGCAAACAACCGCGUCUCUCUGCCAGCGUUGAAUUCUUUCAAUCUUCUGAAAAGAACAGCCCUCAACAUGGCCGGGAUAGAAAAAAUCGAGGUUCACAGCAAGUCCUAUAUCGUCCGAUGGGUCCGAGUCGAUGAGGGCAACACGCUGUCAUGGAGCGUCCAGCCUCACAAGAAGUCCAUUUACUUUGGAAUUGUUAAGCAUCCCGGUAGCGGCGCAACGAUCCUAGCCUCAUCCCCUGACGACGAUGCGACAACCCCAGACACCCAAGGUGUCGAUGAUCGGAAAUCUAGCCGAAUGUCCAAGAAGGAAAUCACAGCCAAAGACCUUCUCGUCAAUAAGGGCUUUCUCCCUGUCAAAUGGUGCGGCAAAUACGAAGCCGAUAAGGUGUCCAUGGACACAUACGAUGUCACACCGGGCGGCACUGGCAUGUACGGUCUUGUCUUUGACAAUACAUUUUCCAAACAAACCUCCAAAAUGGCUACUUUCGUUGCUCUAACAUAUCCAACCGGAUCCGCUCCGCAGAGCACAAAUAACCUUCGCAAUCUGCAAGCCAAGGCUGGCGAGAGCCAGUCUAGUCUCGGUAAGGUGCCACAGAUUGGUACUGAAGGCGAUGCAGCAGCGUCUGUGGACAGCUUCAAUAGCAACCCGCGUAUUAGAGCAGUCUCUCUCUCCAACCGCAGCGAUGGAACGUCGUCUUUGAGCACUCAUGUUGGCUCGCUCUCGAAACGGCGACGUAAGAAGGGCCAAGGCUACGCACGACGCUUCUUCUCUCUCGAUUACAAUUCUUGCACCCUUUCAUACUACUACAACAGAAAUUCUUCAGCGCUCCGAGGAGCCAUUCCUCUCAGCUUAGCCGCCAUUGCCGCCGAUGAGCGACGCCGCGAAAUCAGCAUUGACUCUGGCGCUGAGGUUUGGCAUCUGCGUGCGCCAAAUGCGAAGGAAUUCCAGGAAUGGGCUCGGGCCCUGGAGAAGGCAAGCCGUAUUGCGAGAGGACUCGAAGUCAUUCCUGCUACAACAACAACAAAGACGGCUGCCAAACGCGUCAGUCGUAUUCCUGGUCCUGUUGCCGCUGCAUCUCAAGAUGAAGCAGCUGAAUGGCAACAGGUCGAGACCCUUGUGAGUCGAGUUGUCGGAACACGAGAUGCCCUUCGACGUUUGACCAAGGAGGUUGCUGCGCUACCAAGACCACCAUCUUCGUCUACGCAUUUGUCGCCCGGCUCAGCUUCGCACAAUGAAGACAGCGAUGGGUACUUCCCCGCGCCGGAGAAGAAGUCGUUCUGGAGACGAAAGUCUAGCGCCCCAACGCUGACGCCUUCAGCAUUACAGCAAUCGGCAGUUUCAGCUUUGGCUGUACCCUCGCCUGGAUCUGCGACAGCCACUGCAUCACAAUCUAACGGCACUAGUAUCGCUGCUAAGCGACGAUCACGCGGUAUUGUACAAGAAGAAAGCUCGCUUCAUGAUCACUGUCAAGCCUUGCUGUCCGAUCUCGACUCUGUGCUUGCUGAAUUCUCGACGCUCAUUGGCACAAGCAAACGCCGUCGUCUGCCUGCUCCCGUCUCAGGUGGCGCUGACCUGUCGAGACUAAGCAUUGACUCAGCAUCCAGUGUGGAUGAGUUCUUCGACGCUGAAGAUGCGCAGUCUAGAGUCGUCCGUAUUGGCGCAAGUGAUGAUGAAUCAGAUGCCUCGGAUCACGAUGACGCUGUGUCCAUUGGCAACUCAUCCAUCUCGUCUCUUGGCUCGGAAGAUGCAGUCGGUCCCGACGGAACAAACCAUUUGUUCCCAGUUAAGGCUAAGAAUCUGGCUCCUCUUCCGAUUCCAGGUUCUGUACGCCGUCGCAAAACCAUUCCUCCAGCAACAGUCAUGCCACCUAGUCUAAUCGCCUUUGUGCGGAAGAACGUUGGCAAAGACUUGAGCACGAUUAGCAUGCCGGUAUCUGCUAAUGAGCCGUCCUCGUUCCUUCAGAAGGUAGCAGAACAAAUGGAGUAUGCACAAUUACUCGGCGAGGCUGCCAAGAAAACGUCGGUGGUGGAGAGACUACUGUACGUCACUGCAUUUGCAGUUUCACAGUUCAGCAGCAAUCGAGCUAAAGAACGUGCUAUCCGCAAACCUUUCAACCCACUUCUUGGAGAGACCUUUGAGCUAGUUCGUUCGGAGGAUGAGACGCCAGGUGGAUUCCGCCUUUUGGUCGAAAAGGUACAGCAUCGGCCGGUUAAGCUGGCUCUUCAUGCGGAAGCAGAGUCAUGGACUCUUGCGCAAAGCCCAGCACCGGGCCAAAAGUUUUGGGGCAAGAGUGCUGAAAUCACCACUGACGGGCGAGUGCGCGUUGUACUACGACUUCCCGAGGGACGUGACGAACUCUACUCUUGGAACAUUGCUACCAUGUUUCUCCGCAAUGUCGUUAUGGGAGAAAAGUAUGUUGAACCUGUUGGUACCAUGAACAUCAUCAAUGAUAGCACAGGCCACAAGGCGUCAGUAGAGUUUCGGGCUAAAGGCAUGUUUGGCGGGCGAUCUGAGGAAGUUCAUGUAGAAACGUAUGGCUCGGACGGUAUUGAUACCGGCAGUGGUAUGACAGGUACAUGGACAGGCAGCCUCAAGGCAACAGGCAAGGCUGGUAGCUCGACAAUCUGGAAAGCUGGUUCCCUUGUCGAUAACGCAGCGACAACCUACGGCAUGACUACCUUUGCUGCAGGACUGAAUGAAAUCACAGAGGCUGAGAAGGGUAAACUCCCUUGCACCGAUAGCCGCUUGCGCCCCGAUCAACGUAUGGCAGAGAAUGGCAAGCUGGAUGAUGCCGAAGCUUGGAAACAUAAGUUGGAAGAGGCCCAGCGUGCCCGCCGCCGGCAGUUGGAAGAGAGUGGUGGCGAGCAUGUCCCGCGCUGGUUUACCAAGAUCGAUGACUCCCCCGAUGGCGACGAGGUUUGGAAAAUCAAGACUGGCAAGGAUAGUUACUGGGAAGAACGCAGUCGUGGCGCAUGGACGGGAUUGAUCGACAUUUUCGAAGCCAACGCCUAAUUCCAACAGGACUGGCUGAUAUCACUAGACACUACUUGCUCGGAUCACCCAUACUCAAGUUAGCGCAAAUAUCAAAUUGAAACGGUUCAACAGUUUGCGGGAACAGUUCACGUGAACUUGUCAAACGACCUGGGCUCGUCUCAACCCAAACGAUGCUCUCGGGACUUGACUACUCAGAGACAUAUUGUGUAGCACUAACACAUAGCACAUAGCCCAAACUAACGAGCUCGCCCAAUUUUGUCGGUUUCAUUCCUAGUGGGGCAUACGAUUCGCGAACCGAUGAAGACAACACUAUCACUUAUACACCGAACAGGAAGGUUAUGUGAAGACAAUUUUAUUCAUAUCAACUAACUAAAAGGCAACCCCACAAUGCAAAGCAACAAGGACAGGAAGCAAGACCCAAUAUGUGUGAAAAAUGGACAACCAAAACUCCGUGGAAAACGUGCUAUUCAGCUCAAACUAUCAUGUUGAAUCGCUUAAAGGGCAAGGCCAAGAAGAGCGACGAUAGCAGAGAGAGACAUGGCAGAGAUCUGCUGGGAAGCGCCGCUGACGACGGGAGGGCACCAGGGACCACCAGGGCAAGUACCGUUGUUGCCAGUGCCGGGAACACCAGGAGUACCGGGCUGGCCGGGCAUACCAGGCUGACCAGGCUGACCGGGCUGGCCGGGCUGGCCGGGCUGGCCACCGUUACCGCCAUUGCCUCCGUUACCACCGUUGCCGCCAUUGCCACCAGAGCCGCCGUUACCACCAUUGCCACCGUUGCCGCCAGAGCCACCGUUGCCACCAGAGCCGCCGUUUCCACUGUUUCCACCGUUACCUCCGUUGCCGCCGUUGCCGCCGUUACCACCGUUACCACCGUUACCUCCAUUGCCGCCGUUACCACCGUUGCCUCCGUUUCCUCCAUUGCCGCCGUUACCACCGUUGCCUCCGUUUCCUCCAUUGCCUCCGUUACCACCGUUGCCUCCGUUUCCUCCAUUGCCUCCGUUACCACCAUUGCCUCCGUUGCCGCCCUUGUGCCACUCCUCGCACUUCUUGCAGCCAACGGUGACGGUGUGUGUAGGGACAGUGACAGUGGUGGUGAUGACGGGAGCUGAGGUGAUGGAAGAAGGGCAAGGCUUGCCAGCGUCGACCUCAACAGCAUCGACAGAGUCGACAGCCUGGGCGACAGCGGCGUCCUGAGCCAUAACCUGCUCGGCGAUGACAGCGCCGGCGAGGACAGGGAUGAAAGCGAUAGCAGAACGCAUUUUGAAAUGAAUGACUUGGUUAAAAGA